AUGUCUUCUCUCGACGUCGCUUCUGCAGACCGGCAGCUGGGAAGCGCGCCGGCUGACCCCGUCCCCGCCGAUGAGGUGGAACCCGGCAAAGACUCGGCCACCGCUGCCGUCGCCCCGGUUCAUCCAGCCAAGUCUUCACGUAACCCCAAGGACAGCAAGAAGAAGUCAGUCAAGAACAAAGUGGCGAAGCAGUCCAAGAAGAAAGCGAAGAAGCACAAGAAGGCCUCUCACGAAGACGAUGAGGACUCUUCGGCAUCCGCUACGGAGGACGACAGCGACGAGUCUGCCAACGAUGAUAUUUCGUCCGACUCCGACUCCACGUCUUCCGACUCGGAGGGCGAAUCGUCCAGACGCAAAGCCAAAUCGAAAAAGCACUCUGGCAAUACCACGGCUAAAAAAGCCCGUUCCGUCGCUCCUCGUUCCACCAAGAAGAGCAAGCCGUCCAAGAAGCGCGAUCCAUCCCCGUCCCCCUCGUCUUCUUCGUCCGAUACCGACUCAGACUCCGCGGCCGAUAGCGCCGACGAAGAUGACGAAGAUGAGGACGGUCUGACCAAAGUUCCGAUGACGAAUCAGCAGAUGCAGUUGUUCCAGCAGUGGCAACGCAACAAUGGCUCCUUGUCGCUCGGCAACAACAAUGCCCCGUCUUUCUGGCCUCCUCCUCCGAGGCGCGGCAACCUUGGUCUGGGAGAUGGCGGGCUCGGUGAGAACCCCGUGUUCGGCAACAGAGCGCGACCGCGAGGGCGGGCAGCCCCGCCGUCUUCCAAGAAGAAGUCGAAGCUGGACUUCAAGAGAGUCGACCAAGUCUGGGACAGCGCCAUCCACCAGUACAAGCUACAGGACACGGCGGCAACCACCUCGGAAACGCAGUACGACGCUUACGUGCUCCAGAUCAGACGGACGUUCGACUGGGAGGGAAAGUACAAAGCUACCUUGGUCGACAUCAAGAGCAAAGUUCUACGCGAGUGUUUGCAAGAGGUCAUGGGGAACAUCAAAGGCGUCAGCUUGGUAGAUGAGACGCCGAAGCUCAACCCCAAUAUGCUGUUUUUGUAUCUGGAAGACUUUCGCAAGUAUGACAGACAGCUGAAGAAGACGGCGAUAGUGGGCACCGACAAAAAAGAGCGCAAGAAGCACAAGAAGCACAUCAAAACUAAGCGGCAGCAUCUCAAAGUUCUUCUGAAGUACCUUGACAAGGAUUAUGCUCACGUCAAGAAGAGUCUCUAUCCUAUGCUUGAGAACGGACUCAUCACGUUCGAACUGCUCUGGGCGCUCUUCAAGCCCAACACGCUUGUCUACACAACGACUUAUGGAUCGCCCGAUGAGCCUCGAGUCUUCAAGGUGGAGCAAGCAGAGAAACUGAGCAGCAUGACCAAAGGAGAGUUUUACUGGGUCGAUGGCAAAUACCUUGAGUUCGACGGAAAGCAGUUCGGCUACGGCACUCUCUGCGAAGAGGUCCCCGAAUUCCGGGGAGCCCGCAAGAUUAACAGUCUCAGUGCCUUCUCUCUCGACUUCCACAAAGAUAAAGUGGCCAUAAAGGCCGCCUUGAUCGAUCGAGGCAAGAAGUUCGUGCAGCUCGGCGGCGUGCACUACCGAAGCCACCAGGGCCUCGCGUAUUAUAAGAAGAAGAAAGCAGUGAUCAAAGUAAACAUCAACGGCCGCGUCAUGGUCGACCCGGCCAUCCAUCGCAGGAUCAACCCCAACUACCAGGUCUCCGUCGUCCGACCCAAGGAUCACGAUGUCUUGUCCGACUCCGAGGACUCCGACGAUGAGAAGCCUUGUGGUCAAGGCUCGGAUUCCGAGAAUGGAUGUGGGAGUGACGACGAUGCCUGCGGGAAAAUGGUGACAAAGGUCGUGCGUGACGCAAAGGGUAAUGUUCGCAUGGUUCAGGUCCCAAAGUCUGAUCUCGAGGAGUCUGCUCCAGCGGAGAAGCUCGAAUUGGUCAAAGACGUCAAGGCUGACGGCCCAUCCGACGCAUCUCGUCAAGAAAGCGAGAAGUCAAAGGAGGUGCCGGAGUUCUCGGAAGAGGAUUAUCUCAUUGCAUCGUCCGUUGUGCUGGGCUUUUCCUUCUCCGAGAAGCUGUGGCUCGAGUUCACCGUCUCCGGGGUCAAAGACAUCCAAUGGAACGACAGCGCAUACGAUUCACUGGUGCUUGAGCCAAAGCAAAAAGAUAUUGUUAAGGCGCUCGUCGAAUCGCACAAGUAUCACGCUGCGGAGAGUAUUGAUGACGUGAUUCAAGGCAAAGGAAAGGGGCUUGUCGCCGUUCUCCACGGGCCUCCUGGCACAGGAAAGACACUGACAGCCGAGGGCAUAAGCGAGCUGCUCAAGUGCCCCCUCUAUAUGGCAUCCGCCGGAGAGCUGGGCACCGACUCGCGCUACCUCGAGUCGGAGUUGCAGAAGAUCCUUGACAUUUGUCAUGCCUGGGGAGCCAUCCUCCUCCUUGACGAAGCUGACGUGUUCCUUGAGAAGAGAAACCUCCAUGAGAUUGCCCGCAACGCGUUGGUCAGCAUCUUUUUGCGUCAACUGGAGUACUUUCAGGGCAUUUUGUUCCUGACGACGAACCGAGUCGAGACGUUCGAUGACGCUUUCCAGUCACGGAUCCACAUCGCCCUGCGGUACGAGAGCCUUACGUACAAGGCCAAGAAGUCCAUCUUCAAGAUCUUCAUCGAACGCGUCCGUGUCCUCGAAAAGGUCGAUCUCAAGCCCUUUAGCGACGAAGACUACGACAGCCUCGCAACGCACGACCUAAAUGGCCGACAAAUCAAGAACACUGUCCGUACUGCACAAGCCUUGGCCGUCAACAAGGGUGAGCCCCUUAGCAUGGAGCACAUCAAGCAGGUCCUGGAUGUCCAGAAUAGCUUUGAUCUCCAUCUCAAAGGAGGAGAGUCGUACAAGGAUGCCAUGAGGAGCUAUUACUGA